AAAAAGAAGUCAUCUCUUUCUUCAUCAUAUAGCUUCUCCGCAACUUCCAUACCAAAAUCUUUAAAACCCUAAAACUAUUUCUUGCAUGUCAAGUCUUUGUUCUUCAACAUCAUUUCUUAUUCUCCCAAGACAUAAUCUCUUUCAAAGCUUCCUCCUCUCUAUCUUUCUCACAUUCUUGAAUCAUGAGAGGCCUCGUGGCUUGUUACAGCGAACACGCCAUUAACGUAUCAGAUGCGUACUGUUCAGGUCCUUCAAAUAAUUCCUACAUCUCUCCGACAUUACACCCCGACACAGUAACUACAACUUAUAAAACCAAUCUCCCUUCCUCCGACAAACCUGUCUCUGUUUCGCUCACCUGGUCGGAUAAUCUCACCGUCGUGAUCUCCACGCAACCGAAGUCUUACUCUGUCUCCCUCAAGAAACCAAAAGGGUCAAGAAACUUGACUUCUUCCUCCGGUUCACUCAACGCUGAGAUCCUCUGGGAUCUAACUGAGGCAGAGUACGGUAACAACGGACCGGAACCAACAAGAAGAUUCUCCGUCGCCGUCGUGGUCAACUCCGAGAUCACCCUCAGAGUCGGCGACGUGCGAGACACGUCAUCGUGGCGGGUCUCGCGAACGGAGAGAUUCUCUGGAACUUGCUGGCUCUCAACGAAGGCUAAGUUCUCAGACGCUGGAGCCAAACACGAGAUUCAGAUCCAAUGCGGCGGAGGAGGUGGUGGCAGUGGAGGAGAAGAAGGGUAUUUAUGGAAAUUAAAACGUCCUGAAACGAUGUCGGUUUGGGUGCAUAAGAAGAAAGUGUUUGAGGUGAAGAAGCUGAAAUGGAAUUUUAGAGGGAACCAAACGAUGUUCUUCGAUGGGAUGCUUAUUGACAUGAUGUGGGACUUACACGACUGGUUCUUCAGAGAACCGGCGUCGUUAUCUUCCACUUCGUCGUCAUCGUCGUCUUCUGCCUCAUCGUCUUCUCCUCCGUGUGCUGUGUUUAUGUUCAGGAGGAGGAGUGGAUUGGAUAGUAGAUUGUGGCUCGAGGAAGACGAAGAAGAGAACAAGAAGAUUGGAGUAAGAGAAGCCAAAUCGUUCUCUCUUGUCAUUUGUGUCUCUAAAAAGUAAAAAGUUAACCCGAAAAAACUUUCUUAUUACUGAUGCACUUACGUUAACAUUUUUGUUUCCCAUGCAUGCUUUAACUUUGACAUAACUCUUUGUUCUGAUUUAAUUUUUUUCAUGAUAUUUGAAGUAGAUCAUCACUCA